CCGGCCGGAGCUGGCCCCGCUCAUUCUCUUUAGUGUUUGCCCUGUGCCCGCCGCCUCCCUCCGCCGCCGCGGUCGCCCCCCGGCCCCCUCGGGACCCGGCCCAUGGACUGAGCCGCCCGCUGGCCCGCCCCCGCAGCCGGCCCGGGAGCCGCAGCCCAGGCAGCCAGGGAUUCUCCAUCAUAAGUACCCUAUUCACAACUAAAUCCAAAUCUCCACUGUCUGGAUCUCCUAAAGGUCAGCAAUUCGGUUCCAUUGCUGAGUUUGCCUGCAUUCAAAGCUCUUUGCCUACAGUAACUUGCUCUGGUUGGAAGUGAACAUGUCUCAAGUUCAAAUUCAGAAUCCUUCUACUGCCCUUGCAGGGAGCCAAAUAUUGAAUAAGAACCCAUCUCUUUCACAGCCACUGAGUAUUCCUUCUACUACUAGUUCUUUGCCCUCUGAAAAUGCAGGUAGACCUAUCCAAAAUUCUGCUUUACCCUCUGCAUCUGUUACAUCUACCAAUGCAGCUGCAGCUCCUUCUAACAUGGCAAACCCCAAAGAGAAAACCCCAAUGUGUCUUGUGAAUGAGUUAGCCCGUUUCAACAAGAUUCAGCCUGAAUAUAAGCUUCUGAGUGAGCAAGGUCCAGCUCAUUCAAAGGUGUUUACUGUGCAGCUGACUCUCGGGGACCAGCACUGGGAAGCUGAAGGAACUAGUAUUAAAAAAGCGCAACAUGCAGCAGCUGCCAAAGCCUUGGAAGGGACAAAGUUCCCUAAGCCUACAGCUCGUCCAUCUCGUAGUGAAGGCAAGAAUCCAGACAGUGUAACCCCCACAGUGGAGUUGAAUGCGCUUUGCAUGAAGCUGGGAAAGAAACCUAUGUAUAAACCUAUUGAUCCUUACACGGGGAUGAGAUCCACUUACAACUAUACAAUGAGAGGUGGUACUUACCCUCCACGGUACUUUUACCCAUUUCCUGUUGGGCCUUUACUUUAUCAAGUUGAGCUUUCAAUUGGGGGGCAACAGUUUCAUGGGAAAGGAAGAACAAGACAAGCUGCUAAACAUGAUGCAGCUGCUAAAGCACUGAAAGUUCUACAGAAUGAGCCCUUGCCUGAGAAACCAGAGGUUAACGGAAAAGAACCAGAUGAUGAAAAUCUCAAUAAAUCUGAAAUAAGCCAAGUUUUUGAGAUUGCACUUAAAAGGAACUUGCCUGUGAAUUUUGAGUUUUUCCCUCUGAAACAGGUGACCAAGGAAAGUGGUCCUCCCCAUAUGAAGAGCUUUGUAACCAAGGUGUCGGUUGGAGAAUUCAUGGGUGAAGGUGAAGGAAAGAGCAAGAAGAUCUCAAAGAAAAACGCUGCAAUAGCAGUCCUAGAAGAACUGAAAAAAUUGCCACCCCUUCCUACGGUUGAGAAAAUGAAGCCACGAAUCAAAAAGAAAACAAAAUCAAUAGUGAAGCUGCAAACAAGUCCAGAAUAUGGUCAAGGCAUGAAUCCCAUUAGCAGACUUGCCCAGAUACAGCAGGCCAAGAAAGAGAAGGAACCAGAGUACAUGCUCAUCACAGAACGCGGUCUUCCAAGACGCAGGGAAUUCGUCAUGCAGGUGAAAGUUGGUGUACACACAGCUGAAGGAAUGGGCACAAACAAAAAGGUUGCUAAACGCAAUGCAGCUGAAAAUAUGUUGGAAAUUUUAGGUUUCAAAAUCCCUCAACCUCAGCCUCCAAAACCAGCAUUAAAGACAGAAGAGAAGACACCAGUGAAGAAACCAGGUGAUGGAAGAAAAGUAACUUUCUUUGAGCCGGGUUCUGAAGAGACUUCAACUAGUAAUAAAGAAGACGAGUUUAGGAUGCCUUAUCUCAGUCAUCAGCAGCUUCCCGCUGGAAUUCUUCCCAUGGUCCCUGAGGUUGCACAGGCUGUAGGAGCCAGUCAAGGACACCACACCAAAGAAUUCAAUAGGGCAGCCCCAAAUCCUGCCAAGGCUACUGUAACAGCAAUGAUUGCUAGAGAGCUAUUGUAUGGUGGUACUUCUCCUACUGCUGAGACCAUAUUAAAAAAUAACAACUCAUCAGGCCAUGUGCCCCACGGACCACUUACCAGGCCCUCUGAACAGCUGGACUAUCUUUCCAAUGUUCAAGGAAUCCAGGUUGAAUAUAAAGACUUUCCAAAAAAUAACAAGAAUGAGUUUGUGUCUCUUAUAAACUGUUCCUCUCAGCCACCACUGAUCAGCCAUGGAAUUGGGAAGGAUGUAGAAUCUUGUCACGAUAUGGCUGCAUUGAACAUUUUGAAGUUGCUGUCUGAGCUGGACCAACAAACCACAGAGAUGCCAAGAACAGGAAAUGGACCAAUGUCUGUAGAAGUUAAAAUACCAAGGGCUGUUACCUUGCUGAGAAGGACGAGAGGAUGUGUGAAACAAGAAAUGGAAAGUGAUCCUCUUCUCAAACCGGCUAACUCAAACACUUUGGGACAAACACUGGACAGCACUGCCUAAAAAGGCUUUUGACUGGACCCAAACAUGAAAGCACCAGAGAAAAUCAAAUGCUUCCUAUUAAUGUAACCUGUUUUAGAGUGCUACAGUCUUUACAACCUACUGUAGUGUCUAAAUCAUAACUGUUGCUUUUUCUUCAAACAGUGAUAAAUUUUUAGUUUCAUUAUGUUGUUUUGAUUGAAAUGACACUAUAAAUUUUUCAUUUAAAAGUUUCUUAAUUGUAUCUAGAACAAUAGCACAGUUUAGAAACUUUGUCUUCUGAGACUGACAUGUUAUCUGUGAACUAACUUGGGAAGAUCAUAUCCAUGUAUGUGGUUAUUUUGUUUUUAUUGAAAUAGCAAGUUUCUCUGCAAACCAAUUGUGUGCCCACCAUUUUUAAGAAGUCCAGAAUUUUCUCAAACCUGGUGUAAUUAUCCAACGGUUGAAUGAAUUAUUACACUUCAGGAAUUUUAAACUUCGAUCAUAUUUGGUUAAUUUCUAGUUUCGUUGAGUAGGGGUAUGGGAACUUGAAUGCAACGUGACUUCAAGUGAUCUCUGAUCUGUGUUUUAAGGAUUGUGUGUGUAGAUGGCACACAGCUCACUGCAUUACAGGAUAUGAUCUCAAUGUAUAAAAACCGCAGAUUGAUUUUCCUUGAGUGCUUUAUACUGUUUAAUUACAUCUCCAUGUAGGGCUGAAAAAAAUUACCUAUGUUUAUAUAUAAACUGUGUUGCUUUUGAUGUUGUGUUAUUGCGCACUGAACUGUGUGCAAUAAAGUAUUUGCAUAUGGUCCAGGUAAAGCACGAUAGCCUUGCAAGUUAAGUACUGCUUCAGUUCAUUGUUUACGCUGGAAUUUUUUCUCCCCAUGGAAUGUAAGUAAAACGUAGUGUUUGUCACCAAUAAAUGGUAAUACUAAAUUUUUUUGGGGGUUAAUUUAUUCUUGUAUGCCACUACAGGGGCUGCUUUUCUAUAGGAUUUGUAAUGCUUGUGAUAUAGUCCGGGCGGUAUUGUAAAGCUAUGGCGUAACUGUACAAUGAUUAUCAACAACAUAUAAAUAACUGCUAUUUAGUGAUGUGGAGAAUGUGAAAAAUUGGCAAGGUCGAGGAGAUUCAAAAGUAAUGUAGGUACAUCUUGUAAUUUGUGCCACAGUGUAUUAGUGCAACUGUAUUCAUGGGAGCUUAAACUAACCUUGUGAUUAUGACAGGAAGCCUGGUGCAACAGGUUGGAAUGAUUUUUCUCUAGUUUCAAGUUUCCUCGUUUGCUUGUAAUUUGAGUCAUAACUUUGCCUUGCACUUAGUAAUUCUGGGGAAGUAGUGCUUUAAAAAAUGAAACGAAACUUUCCCUCUAGCAACAGAAAUUGGCACUGUGGGCUGACCCAUGGCAGUGUGUCAUUUGGAUGUGAACUAUGUUCAUGUGUACUUAACUGGUAAUCUGUAGCAACACUUCUUAUAUGCAGUGUGUAUAGUAACUCAUCGUAGAAAGCAGUUACUGCACAUGUAACUCUGAGCUAAAUGUCUCAGCCUUUUUUAUUUGCAUUAUCAAAAGCAAUUGGGCUACAUUAACUGCAUACCAAAUUUGAUGGAAUCAAGUUGGUUUUGAUCAUUAUAAGCGCAAAAAACAUUGUAAAGGUUUUGUUUUUUUUUUUAACAUUUGUAGAACUAAAUGAUGUACAUUGAAAAAUUAAAAGAAACUUGCUAGGCUGA